GAGUCUGGAGAGUGAAGAUGAUACAUUUUCAUGCUUCUCCCAUCAUGAUUGCAACUACAUGCAACACAAAUGCUUGAAACCUUAACAUUGUUCCUUCAAACUGAAACCUUUCCUUUACUCAUUUCCAAACCCAAUGUCGAAGGCCAUCCUCUCUCGAAUCAAACCUCGUCACCGCCCGAGAGGCACCGCAUUCUUGCCUCCACGCAUCAAGAACCUCGUCGUCGACGUAAUCCGAAUCCUCAACUCCGACCAACAAUGGCAGGAUUCCCUCGAAUCUCGCUUCGCUGAAUCCGAUAUCGUUGCUUCUGAUGUUGCCCAUUUCGUCAUAGACCGAGUCCACAACGCUGUGCUGGGUUUGAAGUUCUUUGACUGGGUUUCAACCAGACCCUUUUCUCCUUCUCUCAAUGGGGUUGCGUAUUCUUCUCUUCUCAAGCUCUUGGCCAGGUCCAGAGUGUUCUCGGAGAUUGAGCUGGCGUUGGAAAAUAUGAGAGUUCAAGACUUGAAGCCUACCCGUGAAGCAUUGAGCUGUUUGAUUCUUGCAUAUGGAGAAUCUGGGUUGGUUGAUAGGGCCCUCCAGCUAUUCCAUACAGUGCGUGAGAUGCAUAGUUGUUUCCCCAGUGUUGUUGCUAGCAAUUCAUUGCUGCAGGGUUUAGUGAAAAAUGGGAAAGUUGAAAUUGCACGUCAGCUGUAUGAGAAAAUGCUUGAAACAGAUGAUGGUGGUGCAGGUGCGGUUGUGGAUAACUAUAGCACCGCAAUAGUGGUGAAGGGCCUAUGCGACUCGGGGAAAGUUGAGGAAGGCAGGAGGUUGAUUAGAGUUCGAUGGGGAAAGGGUUGUGUGCCGCAUGUGGUGUUUUAUAAUUUGAUUAUUGAUGGGUGUUGCAAGAAGGGUGAUCUUCAAGGUGCAACUAGAGUUCUCAAUGAAUUGAAAUUGAAAGGAUUUUUGCCUACGUUAGAAACUUAUGGGGCUUUGAUUAAUGGAUUUUGCAAGGCAGGGGAGUUCGAAGCGGUUGAUCAGCUUAUGGUAGAAAUUGCUUCGAGGGGAUUGAAAGUGAAUGUACAGGUGUUUAAUACUAUUAUUGAUGCCGAACACAAGCAUGGUUUGGUAGAGAAAGCAGCUGAGACGAUGAGAAGAAUGUCUGAGAUGGGUUGUGAGCCAGAUAUUGUAACUUACAAUACUCUAAUUAACUUUUUAUGCAGGAAUGGAAGGAUUAAAGAAGCUCAUGAACUCUUAGACAGGGUGAAAGAAAGGGGAUUGCUUCCUAAUAAGCUCAGUUAUACGCCCCUCAUGCAUGCUUAUUGCAAGCAAGGUGAUUAUGAGAAGGCAUCAAAUAUGUUUUUCAAGAUUGCUGAAACAGGAGAUAAACCGGACUUGGUUUCUUAUGGAGCUUUUAUCCACGGAGUUGUUCGUUCUGGGGAAAUUGAUGUUGCACUGAUGGUCCGGGAGAAAAUGAUGGAGAAGGGUGUAUUUCCUGAUGCUCAAAUUUACAAUGUUCUGAUGAGUGGUCUCUGCAAGAAAGGGAGCUUUCCUGCCGCAAAACAGCUACUUUCAGAAAUGCUUGAUCAAAACGUUCAACCUGAUGUAUAUGUUUUUACAACCUUGAUAGAUGGGUUUAUUAGAAAUAAUGAACUUGAUGAGGCAAAAAAGCUUUUUGAAGUCUUGCUAGGAAAGGGUAAAGAUCCUGACAUUGUGGGGUAUAAUGCCAUGAUUAAGGGUUUCUGUAAAUUUGGAAAGAUGAAAGAUGCUCUAUCAUGCUUAAAUAAGAUGAAAAAUGCGCAUCAUGCUCCAGAUGAAUACACUUAUUCCACAAUUAUAGAUGGAUAUGUAAAGCAGCAUGACUUAAGUAAUGCACUCAAGAUGUUUGGACAGAUGAUGAAACAGAAAUUCAAGCCAAAUGUGGUCACCUAUACCUCCUUGAUCAAUGGAUUCUGCAAGAUAGCAGAUAUGGGCAGAGCAGAGAGAGUUUUUAGAGGGAUGCAAUCUUUCAAUUUGGAGCCUAAUGUUUUCACAUACACUAUAAUAAUAGGAGGGUUUUUUAAGGACGGUAAACCGGAAAAAGCAACAUCCUUUUUUGAGCUAAUGCUGAUGAACAAUUGUCCUCCAAAUGAUGCUACAUUCCAUAAUUUGAUAAAUGGUUUAACAAAUAUCACAAAUAGUCCAGUUCUUGUUGAAAAAAAUGAGUCUAACGAAAUUGACAGGUCCUUGAUUUUGGAUUUCUUUGCAAUGAUGAUAUCAGAUGGAUGGGGCCCUGUGAUUGCUGCUUAUAAUUCUGUUAUUGUUUGUCUUUGUAAGCAUGGAAUGGUUGGCAUUGCUCAAUCAUUGCAAACUAAGAUGCUGAGUAUGGGGUUUCCUAUGGAUUCUGUAUGUUUCACUGCUCUGCUACAUGGCUUAUGCCAAAAAGGACUAUCAAAAGAAUGGAAGAAUAUUAUAUCAUGUGAUCUGAAUAAGAUUGAACUCCAAACUGCUGUUGCAUACUCCCUGAAAUUAGACAAAUACAUAUAUCAGGGAAGGCUCUCAGAGGCUUCAGUUAUUUUACAGACCUUGAUUGAAGACUCUAAGUUUUCUGAUCAGCAAGAUGAAGAUCUAAAGGUCAUAAUACCAUAGGGAAUGAAGAAAUUCCCAUACUGCAUUGGGAAAUUCUACAGAACUGUAAGUCAACCAACUUGCCUGCCUCUUAUGUGAAUAUGCACAUAAUGUGGCUUACACAGAAUUUUAAAACAGACGUCCAUAUUUUGUAUGCUUUGUGGCAGCACGUAUCAGAGAGACAGUGAGUGCAAGUUAUCUUGUGACCCUGGCUCGCUUUAAAAAGUGGGUUAUUUACUCAAUGCGUCAAAGCAUGGAAGACAGCUUCAUGAAACAAUAUAGGGAUUCUUGAUUGAUAUCAAUUACGCAGUUGCAAGACAUGUAUAUACUGGCCUGGGAUGCAUGACAGUUUAGUUUCCUCUAAGUGGAAGCAUCAGGUGCAUCUCUGUAUUACUUACGCUCGAAAAUUUACAUUAAAGGGUGGCAAAAGCCCAAUUUCCUUAGCCUCUUGUACUCAUUAGCUCUGAAAGCUCUCCCAGUCCUUCACAGUUUCUACGAACAUCGAAAGAAAUUUUCCAUGAAUAUCAUGACCUGUGGAAAUGGAUGGUAGUGUGAAAUUGGGUGCAGAUGACAUUGUCUUCAGCUGCUACCUGAGUAAUAUGCAGGGUUCAACAGUUAAAAUUUUACAUGACUACUAUUAGAGGGUCGCAAGUUGCUACUGGUUCGAAGGACACAUUGGAGUUGGAGUUGCAGCUGCCAUCAAAAGGAUACUGGACUGCCUAUUGCCUGCGGCCCUGCGCCAAAAACAGGAUUUCCCUGCCCCCUCUCAAAAGUCAACUGGUGAAGUGCACAUCCCGUUGCAGAACUUCAGGGUGUCGAUUCCCUCGCUUGUCUGUUGCCACUACCGUAAACAGGACUGCUCCUUUGCCAUGAGGAUCUCACCAAGGAUUAAGAAGCAAGGAGCAGAGGAGAGACUCAGAUAAUGCAGAUGCAAGAGAUGCUUCGAUGGCUCAUUUCUUGCUUUCUGCUAGUUUUCUUCCAACAUCUGGUAUCGUGAGCACGUUUGAUCUCUGGGCCGUGAGGGUUCCGAUCACCGUCAUCUUCUCUGGCGAUAGCACACGGCCAUCGUCGCCGCCGUAGUUCGUUUGAUUGGUCCUGUUUCUUCCGCUUGCGAUUGCGAUGUCGAUUACGACGUCGAACUCAGGAUUCACGGCGGCUAUUCCAAUUCUUGAUGGCAAGAACUGGAACAAGUGGAGCGUAAGGAUGAAAGCUGUGAUGGGGUUUCAAGAAGUGCUUGAAAUCGUGGAACAAGGGCUACCAGAACUGGCUGAAAGAGCCACAAAAGCUACAAGAACGCAGCACAAGGAAAGCAAGAAGAAGGAUUUCAAAGCUCUCUGCCUGUUGCAUCAAGGGGUUGAUGAAGCCCACUUCGAGAAGAUCUCAAACGUGAAAUCUUCAAAGGAAGCAUGGCAGAUUCUGGAAAAGUGCAACGAGGGUCAAGAACAGUUGAAGAAGGUGAGACUCCAAACCCUUAGAAGGCAGUAUGAGUUGAUGCAAAUGGAUUCCAAUGAGAAGAUUGCUCAGUUCUUCAAUAGGAUCAUUAGUCAUACCAAUGCUAUGAAGGUUUGUGGGGAAACCAUUACUGUGCAAUCCAUGGUUGAAAAGAUCCUGAGAACAUAGUCACCACGGUUUGACCAUGUUGUUGUAGCAAUAGAGGAGUCCCGAAGCCUUGAAAACAUGAAGGUGGAAGACCUUCAAGGAAGACUUGAGGCACACGAAUAGAGGCUUCUUGAAAGAACUGGUGACAAAUCCUCAGAUCAAGCCCUGCAAGCACAAACCACUAAGAAGAACAACUAUCGAGGCAAGAGUAAUUACAAAGGGAAAGGUAGAGGCAAAGACUUUUUACAAGGGCAACAACUCAAGGAGUAAUCAAGGAAACCAGGAUACUGAGAUAUCUUAGAGGAACUCUUGAUUAUGGCAUUGUGUUUCCACACCAAAGCCAUGGAACUGAACUGAAACUCGUGUCUUAUUCAGACUCAGACUGGUGUGGUGAUAUACUUGAUAGAAAGAGUACUAUGGGUCAUUUGUUUCUACUGGCAGGUGCACCAGUUUCAUGGUGUAGCAAGAAGCAAUCUGUUGUGGCCCUUUCAACAUGUGAAGCAGAAUAUAUAGCUGCUUGUUCUGCAGCUUGUCAAGGAGUUUGGCUAUCUUCCUUGCUUGAGGAAUUGAAGACUGGUUUUGGAUCUGAAAUUGAUCUAUUUGUUGACAACAAAUCUGCUAUUGACCUAGCCAAGAAUCCGGUCUCACAUGGAAGAAGUAAACACAUAGAAACUAGGUUUCACUACUUAAGAGAGCAAGUGGAGAAGGGCAAGAUCAAGCUUGUCUACUGUCAAACUGACCUCCAACUUGCAGAUAUACUAACCAAGGCCUUGAAGAUUGACAAGUUCAAGGAAUUAAGAAAGCUAAUUGGGGUUUCAAGCUUGAUCAAGAAGGAAAAACAUUAGGGUUUUUUUUUACACACUUACUGUGGUUUUGUUUUCUCUUUUGUUGAGUCUUCUGUCGUUUAAGUUUGUGAGGUUUAAUAGCUUGAAGAGAUUUUGUAUUAAGGGGGGGUGUUGAGAAUUAAUACAAAAUGUAAUGGGUUAGUAUAUAGUAGUAGUUACUGUGCAUUAUAUGUGUAAUAGAAAUUAGUGGGUAUUAAAUACUGUGAUAAUAAAGGCUUGACUCAAUUAGUAUAAAGUCUUUAUUAUGUCCCCACUAGGUGUAAUCAAUUCAGUUGAAUAGAAAUUAUUUUUCCCCCAAUCAACUCUCUCAAUUUCU